AUGGCCUUGACAAAGUGUACACGUUUUAUAGCUGUAAAAAGUAUAAGUAAUUCUAAUGUAACUGAGGAUAAUAUGGAACCAUAUCAUGUUACUAUAUUUCGACGUACAACAUCAAUGCUACCAUUACCGAGAUUAUCAUCAGCUAAUUUAAUAAGACGAGAACAUCAACAAUUAUCUCAUUGUUCUCGUUUAGUUUCAAAAUAUCAACGACGUGAAAAAGAUGAAGCAUUAACAAAUAAAUUAUAUAAAUUAAAUAUGCAUACAAUGAGAAAAAAAUCUGCUCGAAUUAGUAUGCGUUUAUCAAGUGCAUUUGGUUUAUCAACACAUACAAUUGAUGAACGAUUCAAUUUUGAAGAACAACGAUUUCGUGCUAUUGAUAAAUUUUUAAGAUUAUUUGUUCGAAAUGCUUAUACGUGUAUGGAAGCACUCAAGGAAACAUUUGUUACUGAAGUAAAUGUUGCUGAAGAUUUUCAAGAAUUAUUAUCGGACAAAAUGCCUGAUUUAGCUCAACAAUUUGUUCGAUCAAAACGUUCAUUACUUGAAAAUGCUUUCACUGAAUUUUGUACUCAUAUGGAAUCAUGUGUUGCAAAUCCAAUAAAUACAUUAAUAAAAUUAUUUGUUUUACCAUCAAAUUUAAUUUCUAAACGACAUGAUAAAUUAUUAGAUUAUGAUAGUGCUCAAUCAGCUUAUGAAAAAGUUAAAGAUCAACAAUCAAGACAAGCUAAACAAGUACUUGAUCUAGCUAAAAAAACUUAUGAAGCAUUAAAUAGUCAAUUAUUAGAAGAAUUACCUAUUUUAUAUGAACAUAGUUGUGAAAUAUUAUCUAUAUGUUUAAAAGCAUUUAUUGUAGGACAUCUUCGUUUAAUACAACAUAUGAGAACAAAUAUUCAAUAUAUACUUAAUCAAACAACAUCACCUGCUAUAUCAGGACAAUUAAGUUGGUUACAAAUAGUUGAAAGAUUUACAUCGAAAAAUAGUUCGGCUGCUGAACAAUUAUUUCAAUUAACAAUAACAGCAAAAAAUUUUUCAGAUAAAUUAAAAAAUUUAUCAACAACAAGAAUAUCUUCAAUGAAUAAUGUUUAUAAUAGUAAUAGGGAUACAUACAUGCAAACAGAUGAAAUCAGACGUUUAUUAAGAAGUCGUUAUGCUGAAAAAGAUUUGUAUACAGUUAUUCGCGAUUAUGGAAAUGCAACAAAUAACCGAACAACGGAAAUUAUUGUUCGAAGUAUAAGUUUAUUUUUAGAUAAAAUGAGAAAUAAAUUAGAAAUAUUACCAAAUGAAUUAUUUUUAAAUUUAUUUUCAUAUUUUUCAUGGGAUGAAGUCUUAAUAUCAUUCUGGUCAUUAAAUAAACGUAUUAAUAAUCUUAUUUGUUCAAUAUUUGAAAUAAAUAAAAAUGGAAUUAUUUUCAAUAAACCAGGUUUAUCUUAUAAAAAAUUUUCUAAAAUAUUAUUACCAUUAAUAUUUAAUUCAUUAUCUCUUUGUUCUUCUAUUAAAUAUAUUCAUAUUGAUGGAAUAAAUUCAAUUUAUUUUAAUUUAAUUUAUCAAGAUAUUUUUUCUCAUAAUGAUAAAUCAAUUCAUCGUUUUCCUAAUCUAAAAUCACUUUAUAUAACUCGAUGUUUAUUAUCUCAAUCAUUAAUUCAAACAUUAUCUUUUCUUAUUCAAUAUCAAUUAAAUAAACUUACAUUAACAUUUCAUGAAGAUAUCUAUGAAAUAUUUAGUAAUGAAUACAGGGAUNAUCGUCAAAAGACGAUAAAAUUCACUGGCUAA